AUGAGUGAUCCUUUGGAAGAUUAUGCAGCUCUGUUUCAAAAAAUUGCUGCAGCAUUGCCUGGAAUGGAAACCCUAUCUUCAACCAAGCAAGAAGACAUGACUGAUAUGAAUGUGAGGUCUACUACUGGAAAUGCAUCACAGUCCCAAAUCUCAGUCAGCUACUUUUACAAGCCUGGGGGCUUCACUUUAUUUGUCUGCCUUCUAACAACAAGAAUACCACACAGAGACUGCCAUUCAGAGUCCAAAUCAGCUGGAAUCAUUGUAAAUACAGUUGAAACACUUAAAGAAACAACUCUUAAGGCAAUAUUAGAGGGACUGUACACUCCUGGAGAGCCAGCUCCGCGAAUUUAUUGCAUAGGGCCAUUGAUUGUGUCAAGAGAUAAAAGUGGAAGUGGUGGAAAGAAGUAUGAGUACUUGAAUCGGCUUGACUUGCAACCAAAAGGAAGUGUUGUAUUCUUGAGCUUUGGUAGUGUGGGAAAUUCUCAGCUAAGCAGUUGA